AUGUUUGUAAAAAAUUGCGAUUGUUCGAAAGACAAGUUGGAUCCAAGCGAUGUUGAUGUUAUUGCGUUUCAAAUUCAGCUCUAUGAGCUUGGUCUCGACCCGGACUGGAUCCACAGACAAGUUCAGUAUAGGGGGAUGGAAUCUCGGGAGCGGCUUCGCUAUGAGUUGGAUGGUACGGAACGAUUUUUCUUCGACGGUGUUCCCUCAAACCGUAUUCUUCCAACUGGCUUUCAAAAGGCUCUUUCACCAAAACCGCCUACACAGCAUGUAAGGCCAUCGCCACAGCCACCACAACACCCAUCAUCAACACAACAACAAAAUUUUAACAACAAAAAAUCAGCUCCUGGAGGGCGUCGUGAAUCCAAUUUGAGAUAUGUGGAAUCUGCAGAGAAGGAAGAUGUUUUGGGAGGAGAAAUAACGGCAGACGGAGAAGAGGAGGUGGCGGCGGAGGUGGUGGAGGAGGAGGAGGAGGAGGAGGAGGAGGAAGGAUGCAGGGCAGAACGUGAAUCUCGGGAUCAACUGACCUUCAAGCAAGACAUACCUCUUUCGAUUCGAGCUUUCGUCGAGAGAGAAUUUGAGAACACACUGGCAAGUGACACGAUCACGUUUCGUCGUUUAUGCACUUUCGAGUCCUGUACAGAUUCGCCGUGGGAGAAGCGGAGGCACGGUCGGACUGAUAACUGA